AUGGCGCCCCCCCACAGCAGCGACAUCUGCGUUAGGUACCAAGUAGAAUUAGCCACAGGGAUCAUUUUGAAAAAUAAUUAUCGACGAGUGGCAGUGCAGUUGCCUGACUGCAUGCUGGAGGAUUCGCUUCUCCUUUCGAAUGCAAUCCAGGGGGAGCUACACAAAGGAGGGGCAACUAUCCUCCCCCCCAGUUACGAACCAUCAGGGAUGAUCACCCCAUGUUGUGGCGGAAAAUCUCGCACAGAAGACGAUCAUAUUUGUGGGAAGGAAAAUAAUUUAGUUGGAAGCACCCCGAGUGAGUCACCCCAAAGGAGCCCCUCCGAUGGAAUCAAUAUAUACGUUUUAGGAGACACCUCACAGAAUGAAUGUUGCGAAGAUUACGUAAGUGCUGAACAUGUGCAGGCAGAUCUUCUGCUACAUUAUGGACCCUCAUGUCAGUCGUUUAUAAGGUCAUCCAUUCCUUCAGUCUACCUCUUUAGUGAGAUAAAACAGGAGGAAGCCUUUUACAAAACAGUUAAAGAAGGGUUCAUACAGAGUAACUAUCCCGACAGGGGUGAAGUGUGCAUCCUUUUGUGUGACGUGGCCUACACGGGUUGUAUGUCCCGUUUGGUGAAUGCCUUUGUGGAGGUCGGCGGCGGUGCAGGAGGGGGGGGAGCAGACUGGGAGAAUCGUAUGAAGCCGCUUUUCCUGGUGGACGGCCGACUCGUGGGGGGAAAGUCCUUCCUGCGGAGCGGCACGGAUGUGGCAAACACGGGUGCGGUAAACACGGGUGCGGCAAACACGGGUGCGGUAAACACGGGUGCGAUAAAAACAGAUGCGAUAAAAACAGAUGCAGUCCACACCGAUGCUGUCCACACCGAUGCAGUCCACUCCGACGCGGCCAACACCAACAUAAUCGUGUGCCUGCACAGAAUUGCCAGCAACGUGCAGGGCAAAAACUGCUACGGGGACCACGGGAACUACGUCGAGUUGGACGCGCACGAAGACCUCGAGAGAAAGUAUGCGUUCUUCUGUGGUAGGCUGCUCAUAAGAGUUCUGUAUAGCAACAGACUGGGAACACUGCUUUAUGAGGUCAUACGCAAGGAGGAGAUGUCCCCUCCGUGGGGAAUCAUCCAAACCAAGGGGCAAGAACAAAGAACCAAUUUGUUUCUUUUUACAAACGGAAAUCUAAACCUAGAACAUCUAGAUAAACUACUACUGAAAAGAUACAGCCUCAUAGAAAAGUGCAAGCUAGUGGAUACGUUUGGUAUUUUAAUAACCAACGUAAAUUUACAAAAAAAUCUAGAAAUGAAAAAAAUUUUAAGUUAUAUUUUACGAUCAAGGGGGAAGAAGUGCUUCACUAUUGCUACCAACAAAUUGAAUGGUCCCAAAUUGGAAAAUUUUUCCGACAUAGAAAUGUACAUUCUUUUGUCUUGUCCUGAAAAGAGCUUCCUUGAAAUAUCUGAUUUUUCGAAAAGGAUUAUAAAUCCCUGUGAGUUUUUUAUUUCUUAUGGAUAUAUGGAUUGGCAGUGCAGCUACCUCUUUGACUUUUUCCACCUGUUGGCUGUGCCGUGUGUACAGCGUGCAUUGGACGGUCUACGGGGGGGCAAGUACCGGCUGUGGUCCCUCGGCUGCGGGGCCCCCAGCCUGGCUGAUGUGCCAAACGGGGCUGUCCAAAGUGGCACUCAUGUUGGAGGCGGCACUGCUGUUGAAGGCGGCACUCAUGUUGAAGGUGGCACUCAUGUUGAAGGCGGAACUGACGUCGAACGCGGCGGGCCUGAGCCAUCGGCUCCCUUUGGGGGGUCGCCCGGGCCAAGUCAAGCUCUCUUAACGUGCCACCCCCUCGUCGACCCGUCUCUACCCAUCCCGGUGGAAGAACAGAAGAAAUUCAUUACCACCUUUGACGAAAGGUCUCCCAUGUGCAGAUACUUUUUGGAGACCUUAGUGGAGAACGCAUCCCGGGAGUACAGGGGCGUCGAAAUGAACUAUAACACAGACACCGUGCCGGAGGUCGUUCCUGGGGAGGACGGAAUAGCUCAGCGUUACGAGUCCGACUUGCGCUUUUGCGGCUGA